UUAUCUACAUUGUCUUGCAUUGCUCCAUAUAUGACGCUGCCAAAAUUUGGUGUUUCUCUUCCAUUUCUCAAUUCAACUUCUUUGCUGGUCUGAAACCUCUUCCUCUUGAGGAGAAGUUUGAGUUCCUCUUCUGUUAGAGUAACCUCCACGACCUCUUCCUCUUUGAGCAGCAAAAGCCAUAUUGUAGCCUUGUUGAACCACUUCUUCUUCAUCUUCUCUCAUGUCAAAGCCUCUAAGGGCAUUGACAAACUGGUUUAGUGUAGGAUAUGGGGCCUUUCCCAGCAUGACAGUCCUAAAAGUUUUGUACUUUUGGCCAAGUCCUCUAGCAAAGUUGAUUACUUUGCUGUCUUCAUCAACAAGCUUGUGUAUGGCUGAGAGACCAUCACAUAUGCCUUUGAAUUCCUUCAAGUAUGCUUCCUCCAGACAUUUCCACAUUUCCUUGGCAGUUGAGCAUCCUACUAUGAGAUACAUGCUUUCUUCAGUCAUUGUAGCAGAGAUCCAACUCCUCAGGAGCACAUCUUUUUCCUCCCAGUCGACUGUCGUGUUUGCACCAUCAGUAGCAGAUGAACUGCUUGUGUCUGGCUUGCCUUCCUUGAUCAAGUUUGUCACCUUCAUCACUUGAAUCAACUGGAGUAUUUGUGUCCUCCACAUUAAAUAGUUUGAUGGCUUCAACUUAACUGGACAAGAGGCAAUCAGAUGGUGCAGGGAGGCAGGUGAUAGACACAGAGAGGUUGAGGAUGUUGUUAUGGCCAUGUUUGAUCGUGUGGGCAGCGUAGCUUCAAGAAGCUCUGAUACCAUGUAGAAAAUCACACGAUUGAGAGGAAAGAAUGUAUUGAAGAAUCCUGUUAUUGCAGUAUUUUACAAAGCCAUAAGUGAUUGAAUUUAUACAAGUCACAAAACAACAACUACUAGUGAACUUAGAGUUCUACUACUCGUAUAACUAUUACAUUGAGUUAGAGUUCUAACUUUACAAUACAUUCUAACU